CGAUCGACGGAGGUAGUGUAGACAUGCUUGUUAGCAGCAGAGCAACUGCCGUCUCCUCCGCCGCACCUCAUAGAUUUCUCACUCAUUCCGUCAACAAUUUCAACUGCAUUUCAUCUUCACUUUCACUUCCGACGUCAUUUGGUUCUUCUUCAUUGAUCAACGACGACCGUCGUCAGAAGAAGAUCAACACUACUGUUGGAUGGAGUAAUAGAAUGGAUAAGAAGAAGAUUUCUGUUGUUACCUGCGCCACCGCUUCCGUCGCUGCACAACCUCUGGAAAACGCCGAUGCUCUCAUUGAUUCCGUCGAGACUUUCAUCUUUGAUUGUGAUGGAGUCAUUUGGAAGGGAGAUUCAUUAAUCGAGGGGGUUCCAGAAACCCUAGAGUUGCUCCGGUCAAAGGGAAAGAGACUAGUUUUCGUAACCAAUAACUCAACAAAGUCUAGGAAACAAUAUGGCAAAAAGUUUGAGUCACUUGGUCUCAGUAUCAAUGAGGAGGAAAUUUUUGCAUCUUCUUUUGCUGCGGCUGCAUAUCUACAAUCAAUUGAUUUUCCAAAAGACAAGAAGAUUUACGUGAUUGGUGAAGAAGGCAUAUUGAUAGAGCUUGAACUAGCAGGCUUUUCAUACCUCGGGGGUCCGGAAGAUGGUGGAAAAAAGAUAGAGCUCAAGCCUGGGUAUAUGAUGGAGCAUGACAAAGAUGUUGGCGCCGUUGUGGUUGGAUUUGACCGUUACUUUAACUACUACAAAGUUCAGUACGGGACACUAUGUGUUCGUGAGAAUCCUGGCUGUCUUUUUCUCGCUACAAACAGGGAUGCUGUUACUCAUCUUACAGAUGCACAAGAAUGGGCAGGUGGUGGUUCUAUGGUCGGUGCUCUUGUUGGAUCUACUCAACGGGAACCAGUUGUUGUCGGGAAACCUUCAACAUUCAUGAUGGACUACCUGGCAAACAAAUUCAGCAUCACCAAAUCACAGAUAUGCAUGGUUGGUGACAGAUUAGAUACUGAUAUUCUUUUCGGACAGAACGGCGGAUGCAAAACUCUCCUUGUUCUCUCAGGGGUAACGAGUCUGUCGAUGCUUCAAAACCCGAACAAUUCGAUACAACCAGAUUUUUAUACAAACAAGAUCUCAGAUUUUCUGUCACUGAAAGCUGCCAAUGUGUAACAAGUUUGUUUAUGGCUAAUUCCUGCCUUUUGUAUUUUGCUUUAUAUAAGUAUAAUAAUUGUGCAUAUAUUCAUGACAUCAUGAUUCCACAGCCGUAAACAAAUUCUUUCAAAUUAUAUUAUGUUGAUUUUAUUAUUUUU